AUGCUCGCAGUCGCGUCAUCGUCUCGCCGCUACCAUGCGGCGUGCAGCUCGUCGUCCCAGCCUGCUGUCCAAAUCGACGGCCCAGAUCUGUCGGAAGGGCCGGCUUCGAUGGUCGUGAUGGCGCGCUUCGUUGGCGAGUCGGACAUGCGGCCUUUCCUGUCAACGGAUGGUGAUGCGGCGCCAACAGCUGUGUGCGACGCAGUCAGCGACGCCAUCAACGACGCAGUCAGCGACGCAGCCAGCGACGCAGUGAGCAACGCAGUGAGCGACGCUGGCUCGGAAGCAUUUCUUUUCCCCACGCCUCCGCGCAGUCCGCGCAGUCCGCUCGAAAUCUCCCGCGCGGCGCUCGAGUCCCGCCAACGCCGUCGCCGGCACUCGUUCAGCGGAUUUCAAGAGCUUCCCGCGGGGUGCGGAGCCUGUGCCGCUCCGGAGUCCCUGGAUGGUGCUACUAACGGGGAUAUUGCCUAUCCUGUCACCACAUGGGUUACGAAGAGAAUCCUCGCUGGGAAAGCAGUCACAGCCACAGUCGCAGUCUCCCCAUGUGACAGCGGCAUGCCAGUCUCCCAAUGUGGCAGCAGCAUGCUCGCUGGAGACUCCACGCAGUGGCCGUGCCUCCUUAUCGCCGACAUCACCCCUCUCUCCUCCCCUCUCUCCUCCUCCCUUGUCCCCCCCACCACCGUCCGUGCUGUCGACUUCAAAGCCCGUCUCUCUGCCGCCACCGUCAAAACCUACCUCUCGACUGUCACGAUCCAAGCGUGUCACGCGCCUCCCAGCUUCGGUCCGUUCUUCUUCGCCACACUCCGAUGCACCGCUGAAGUGCAAUGCUGCUUCCGCCACCCUACCCACUAA